GCCCUACUUCCAAUCUAGACCCCGCCUCCUCGUAGGCUUCCGCGGGAACACGCUUUGCUGAUUCAGUCAGUCAGAGGAUCGUAACGGUUGCGCCAGAACUAGCAGAAGAAGUCCCUCUGAACUUCCUAGUACUUGUGUCUCGAAGGAGAAGAUGUCUCUUUCCCAAAAGCUCACCUUGGACAAGCUAGAUGUAAAGGGAAAGCGGGUUCUCAUGAGGGUGGACUUCAAUGUGCCCAUGAAGAACAACCUGAUCACCAACAACCAGAGGAUCAAGGCUGCCAUCCCUAGCAUCCAGUACUGCCUGGAUAAUGGCUGUAAAUCAGUUGUGUUAAUGAGCCAUUUGGGCCGGCCGGACGGCAUUCCCAUGCCAGACAAAUUCUCUUUGGAACCUGUGGCCGCUGAGCUCAAAUCCUUACUUGGCAAAAAUGUUGAGUUCCUGAAGGAUUGUGUGGGACCUGAAGUGGAAGCAGCCUGUGCUGACCCCGCUGAUGGGUCCAUCUUUCUGUUGGAGAAUCUCCGCUUCCAUGUGGAAGAAGAAGGGAAAGGCAAGGAUGAAUCUGGGGAAAAGAUCACUGCCGAUCCAGCCAAAGUAGAAGCUUUCCGGACUUCCCUUUCCAAGCUGGGAGAUGUCUAUGUCAAUGAUGCUUUUGGUACUGCUCACCGGGCCCACAGCUCCAUGGUUGGAGUGAAUCUUCCCCAGAAAGCAUGUGGUUUCCUAAUGAAGAAGGAGCUAGAGUAUUUUGCUAAAGCUCUGGAGAACCCCGUGAGACCUUUCCUGGCCAUCUUAGGUGGAGCUAAAGUUGCAGACAAGAUCCAGCUGAUCAACAACAUGCUGGAUAAAGUCUGUGAGAUGAUAAUUGGCGGUGGAAUGGCUUUCACCUUUCUUAAAGUUGUUUCCAACAUGGAGAUUGGCAAUUCUCUAUUUGAUGAAGAAGGAGCCAAGAUUGUUAAGGAACUGAUGGCUAAGGCAGAGAAGAAUGGUGUGAAGAUAACCCUCCCUGUUGACUUUGUCACUGCAGAAAGUUUUGAUGAGCAUGCCAAAGCUGGUGAAGCCACUGUGGAAUCUGGCAUACCUGCUGGUGGGAUGGGUUUGGACUGUGGUCCUCAGAGCAGCAAAAAAUUCGCUGAAGUUGUGGCCCGGGCCAAGCUAAUUGUGUGGAACGGUCCUGUUGGAGUGUUUGAGUGGGAAACCUUUGCCAAGGGAACCAAAGAGCUAAUGAACAAUGUAGUAGAGGCCACCACUAAGGGCUGCAUCACAAUCAUAGGUGGUGGAGAUACUGCCACAUGCUGUGCCAAAUGGGACACUGAAGAUAAGGUCAGCCAUGUGAGCACUGGUGGUGGUGCCAGCCUAGAACUUCUGGAAGGCAAAGUCCUCCCUGGGGUGGCUGCCCUAAGCAAUAGGGAAUAGAAGAGGUUUUUCCACUAUUGGUUCCUGUACACAAUCAGGACCCUUCCACUUAAAUUGCUUUAAUGUUCUAAAUACAUCCUUGUGAUUUGUAGAGUACAUAAGUAUAUUUUGUCCUUACAAAUUUAGUCAAAAAAAAAAAAGCUAUUUAUCUUUUAAAUUAGGUUGUACCAUUCAACUUAAGAAUGUUAGUGACUUUUAUUUUCACUAAAGUAUGAAAAGGAGAUAAAACCUUGUGUUUUUUUAAACUGCUGUGUUUUGUAGAAUAUACGUUACACAUUUUAUCUUUAUAACUGAAGGCACUAUUAUCUAUAUUCUGUUUCCUUUUUGAAACUGUACAAUUCAGCUUUGUUAUUGUUGUAGUAGCUAUUUUUAUCACUACCCAUGGUGUAGAAACAAGAUUAUUACUAUUUCAGAAGAGAUGGUUAAUAAUGUUCUCUUAAGUGAAGAUGCAUAAGAAUGCCAAAUUGGGGGAAGAAAAAUUAGAGAGGCCAGCCAAAUUCCUGGUAACUUCCCAAAACAAACAAAACCCUUAGACUCUUAGGAUAACACAUCUACCACAACUGAACCCCCAGCUUCUCUAGGCCUGGAGCCAAUCUCUCCUGUGUUUACAACUGGAGCAUUACAGUGUUAACUUAUCCACUUUCCGCUUCAGGUCUCCCUUUAUUACCUUUGUGCUCCUUAUUUUGCAGGAAUAUUGAGGGACUCAACUAUUGAGCUUAAAAUCAGCUUCAUUUCUAAAUUUCAGAUUCUCUACAAGAUACAAGUAAUAUAGAUAAGUGAUCUGUUCUUUUCCAUGUCAAUUUAAAAUUUGAUGUCACAAGGACUGGAGUGAAACCUGACCCCAAGGGUGGCUUACUCCAGAGAGAUCGAACAAUAGGACUUUUUGCUGUGAAGUUUCUCUGUUUUGUGGCCAAGUGUACAAAUUUUCCUAAAAUAAUCUGAAAUUCAUUAAUAAAACAUUACAGUGAUGGUUUUUUUUUA